AUGCCUAACUCUAGAGCCGUGACUUCCAAACUCGCCGUCCAGGAGUGCCUCCCUGACCUGAACGUCUCAGACUCUCGGACAAAAAGCAGCGCCCUCCACGACGUCUACUACGUCGGACCCUUAUCCCCAUGGCCCAAUUUCCUUGGACAUGUAGGAAUAGAGUUCCGCACCCACGACUGGGCCCGAAACCAACAUCACCUCUACCUAGAACCUAGAGGAGAACCUGGCCCUCACAGCCUUCUAAAGCAACAAUCUCUUGUCGGUAAUGAACCUGAAGUCCAGGGCCGAUGGCAAUCUCAACUCGCGGAAGUAAUGACAACAGUCUUUCACGAACAACAAUUCCAAAUGACCUUUGCCGAUUUUGUUUGUUCUGGAAAGGACUACACAAACGUCCCCGAUUUCGUUGUUCUCCAAGCCUAA